AUGGUUGUCAAAUUGCCCAAGGAGCUGAGUGCUUCUCAGCAGUCUGUGAAACCUCAGUUAGUCAAUGAGGCUGACAAAGGGUUGCAAGCUGUAUUGGAUCACUUUCACAAAUUCACAAGAACAGACAAGAAUAUCUCUGUUACCAAGAACCCUCUGAAGAUCCCGGCGGGUUGGAGAUUUUUCGCUUUAGUUCUGGAGCUUGUUCAGUGUAUUUUGUUGCUGGUGUUACUCCCUCCUUGCCCGAAAAGCUUUCUCCGGACAGAUGGGGUCGGGGCAGCAGCCGGUUUCGCACCCGCCUCCACGGCACGACCUGCCGGGCCCGCGGAGCCCCUCACCCCCUCCCACGGCGUGCCCCCCACCUCCCACUGCCCCCGGAAACUCCUCGGGAUUUCCCGAUCCCGCCGGCCUGAGCGCGCCCAUCGGGGAAGCUGCGGAAAACGGCAGCCAAGCUCCGGCGCGACGCCGCCGUCCCCAGCGGCCACGUCGGGGCGAGGCGCAGGUACGGCGCUGCCAAGGCGAGUAGGGCGGCAGGGGGCUCAGGCGGCGCCCGCCGGCUCUCCCAUCGCGGAGCGCCUCCGCGCCGAGCCAGCCGCCCCCUCCGCCGCGCCGAGGGAGCGCCACAUGGAGCGGCUCCGCUCGGCGGCAAGGUCUCGCAGCGGGAAGCGGAGCGGAGCUGAGCCAGCCCCAGACGGGAAGCGCCUGCCCCCGGAAAAGGGGCUGCCUGGAGCGAGCAGCGCCCCGGCAGGAGCCGCCCCCCGCCUCGCCGCACAGAGCCGAAGGCGCCCGGAGGGAAAAGUUGCGUGCGGGGCCGGGCCGGGCGCGAUGCCGGGGCGCGGCGCGCUCUGCCUGGGGCUGCUGCUGCGCGUCCUGCUGGUCUGCGGCUCGGCGCAGCAGCCCGACAGCUGCCGGGGCCUCUGCGAGUGCUCGGAGCCGGCCAAGACGGUGAAGUGCGUGAACAAGAACCUGACGGCGGUGCCGCCCGACCUGCCGUCCUACGUGCGCACCCUCUUCAUCACCGGCAACCGCCUCGGCCGCCUGCCGGCCGGUGCCUUCCCCGCCCAGCGCCUGCCCGACCUCAGCGCCCUCAACCUCAGCGGCAACCGCCUGGGGGAGGUGGAGGCCGGUGCCCUCUCGGCCCUGCCCGCCCUGCGGCAGCUGGACCUCAGCGGCAACCCCCUGGUCUCUCUCAGCCCGCAGACCUUCGGGGAGGGCGGCAGUCCUCUGGAGGAGCUGACCCUCCGCGGGGCCCUGCGCAAUCACACCGUCCUCCUUAGCCUGGCCGCCAUGCUGCAGUCCGGUGCCCUGCGCAACCUCAGCCGCCUGGACCUGGCUGACAACGGGCUGGUGGUGCUGACCACCGGCAUGUUCACGGCCCUGCCUGCCCUGCGGCAGCUGGACCUCAGCAACAACUCCCUGGUGGGCCUGCACAACGUCUCCUUCCAGGGGCUGGGUCAGCUGCAGAGCCUCAACCUCAGCGACAACUCCUUGAGCGUGCUGAGGAACAGCACCCUGGCCCAGUUCCGCGGCCUGCCCGCCCUCCGGCGCAUCAGCCUGGGCCACAACACCUGGGUCUGCGACUGCGCCAUCGAGGACCUGGUGGCCUGGCUCAAGGAGAGCGACCAGGUGGAGGGCAAAGAAGCCCUGACCUGCGCUUACCCCGACAAGAUGCUGGGCAAAGCCCUGGUGAAGAUCAAUGGCUCGGACCUGAAUUGCUCCUUGCCCACAGACCUGCCUUCCCAGCUACAGACUUCGUACGUCUUCCUGGGAAUAGUCUUGGCUCUCAUCGGGGCCAUUUUCCUCCUGGUUUUGUACUUGAACCGAAAAGGAAUCAAAAAGUGGAUGCACAACAUCAGAGAUGCCUGUAGGGAUCACAUGGAGGGUUACCACUACAGAUACGAGAUCAAUGCAGACCCUAGGUUAACAAACCUCAGCUCCAACUCGGAUGUCUGACGAAGCGCCAUGGAUGUGGGGCAGCUCACAGUAGCUAUGCAUGAAAAGUAGACUUACGCUUUACCCUCGUGCUUGCUUUCCUCAGAGAAAUCUCAGACGUGCUUGUAACUUGAGGAGGAUAUUCCUCCCUGUGAUGUCAAGUUCUUUUUUGUUGUAAGAAGCUGGGCAGCUGCGCAUGGCGUUGGGCUGUAUGUAGGAAACAAGCUGCUACUUCUUUUCCUCCUUACUUGUCUGUACUUGUGGGAGAUUUUUUUCAAGAUCUCAAAAGAAAAAAGGAUUCUGUCUGGUCCUCCAAAGCCACCAGAGUUUAUAAAAAACUUACCCAUGCAGACGUGAUUCAAUAAAAGCUGCCUCAACUUUUUGGGAAAAAAAAAGUUACGUUCCUCUGUGCCAGUUUUGAUCUUGUAUAUCCAGAUUGUGAUAACAACGAUUCAAUUUCAUAGACUAUCUUGAGAUUUAAAAAAAACAAAGAAACUCCUUUUAACAACUCCUCUGUUACAAAGAAGGAAAUCGAAUAGUAAGCAUGCACAAAUACUCUAUAGUUUUACAUGUUAGAAAACUUCUGAUCUCAGUAAGUCUCUUACUAUUUUUGUAAAGUUAUUUUUGAUCACAGUUUACAUGAAAAGAGAGGGUUUUUUUUUAUACAAACUGCAUCUAAGCUCCAUCUGAACUGUUAAAUGCAAUAAACAGUCUUACAAGAACUGCUGUGUUGAAGUUUGCUGUUUUGAUGAGAAAUGUAUGGACAUCUAAGAACGUGGAUAGCUUUAUAGUGUCUGAAGUUAUAGCCCUGCAGUAGUAAUCUGAAUAAAAUUUUAUACAAAUGUGUAGCUUAAAGACAUAAAUGUUUGAUAAGUUUCUGAAAUAUGCUAAGAGAAUUACACCGAUCAACAAUGAGAGCAGUUUCACUUGGCACAAAACCCCCAGGCUGCUUUCUCGAAACAACUGCAAAACAUUGAGACAGGUGCUGGGGUCUACCUUGCUGGAAAGAUACAAGCUGAUAGAAUUUUCAUAAGGUCUUCUCUACCAAAUUAAAAUAAAAUAAUUCAAAUUAACUUGUGGGGUUUGUAAGCUAAAUAAAGUUUUACGUGAAUGGAAUUGUUUACUAUAAAAAACUCUAUACUUUCCUGAACUAAAUUAAAUGCAGCUCAGUCAUGUAGUCAGUGAGCUUCAGGCUUGUAAAUCAAUGUAGCACUUAUUAAAUUAAGUGCUUAACAUUUCAUUUUAAGCUCUCAGUACUUGUGAAGUUCUGUAGUGAUCUACAUUGAGUAACUUGAUGGAAAUUUACAUUUAUCUUAAAGCUUAUAACAGGUACGUUUCAGUAUUGUAUGUUACUCGUGCUUAUUACUUGCUUGAGAAUGCAUUUUCUUGUAAAUAGAUAAAGCAUGCAAAGAGAACUUGAAAAAUGCAUCAUUUAUUAUGCAACUUGAUGGUAUAUAAAAAGGUCAGCAAGAACCUUCCGAUUGCCACUGAUAGUGCACUUUUUAUAAUCCUUUUAUACAUUCUUAAUGAAAAAAUACACCACCUGUAAAAGUGUGAUGUGAAUUGGCAUCUAUCAGUAUAUCUGUGGAGCUUUUUCCAUGGUCACUGUUACUUGAAGCUCUUGAGCAUCUCUAAAAUUUUAUGAAUUACUGGCUAACUCUUCACUUUCAAAAGUGACAGUUUUCUCAGAGAUAAUACGCCUUUGUUAAGAGCUCAUAAAUAUAAAAUAGUCCUUAAAGUAUCGGAAGAAAUAUAAUCUAUUUUGGGCAUCAGUAUUAUUCAAAUGCAUUUUUCUUUCCUUGUAACUUCAGACAAAGCAAGUAGCACAAGUUGGUUCCGAUUUUUUUUUAAUGUAAUUUUGUACAUUUGCCCUCAAAAGUAAAAAAUUAAUUAAUAUUAAGUACAGUUAAUGUUUUGAUAAAUCAGUGUAUUUUACAAUUAAUGUAAGUAAAGUGAUAGCCUAUUUCUCCUGCUGUAAUUUAAACGUAUGAGCAAUAUCUGGUUAACAGCAUAUGAAUUAAGUUUGUGGAUUCUUAAAAAGCAGACUGCAGGUCUGAAUGUUAGCUGCCCAUAUUUUAAGAACAGUGCAAAAACCCCAGUGUAAAUAUCUAUUACUGUGCAACUAUGCAAACCGUUCAUAUUUGUCAUAAAUAAGGCAGUAUAUGUAAGAAGCUCGAAUUUACAAUAGCUAUGCAGUGUGCUUUGUUGUAUUGGUCAUUUCAGAGAUUAUCAACUUACAUUUAAUUGUACAGUGCCAAGAGGACUAGAGCAUCAUCCUUGCUUAAGAUGCUCCUGUAAUAUAAUAGAUUAAAUAUGUACAAACUAAGCCAUUUCUUGGGCAAUUUCUUGGGGUUUGUUAACAGAUACUUUAAAGUAACUACAGUAAAAACAAUUAUGUGUGAUGUGUUAAUGUAGCAACCAUGCAUUUAUUGAGCUGUGUAAGGAUACGCAACGACUUUAAUCGCAGUCUCUCACCAAUGGACUGAGUAUUUGUAUAGUGAGCAAGUGUAACUGUUGUACUACACCUGUUAUUCUGAAGAUGAUGAUUAUUAUUUUUGUAUCCUAGAAAGUCAAUGUAAUAGACCUUUAUUAGACACCUGGUGAUGGCUACUUUAAAAUAAGUUUUACCAUUUGCUUACAUGUGUAUUUAUUGGGAUGUAACAGUUUAGCCUGUGGCAGUAUUGUGUUGGAUAACGUUCUCCUACAGUGUUUGACCAACAGUGAAUGCUUUGGUGUUUUGUACAAUGCAUUAUUUGAUCUUAAAUCCCCUUCCAUAAACAGUGCUUGAAAUUUGUUUUCCUUUUACAAAAUAGUUAACAGUGGUACUCAGAGACAUUUAAAAAGUAGCUCCCAAAGUGCUUCAAAACUUGGUUAAAAAUUAUACAUUUAAAAUAACAUUAGUUUAAGUGUUCUUCUGAAGCACAUUUUAUAAUCUUACUCUGCUUUGACACCUGAAAUUUGAAUUGAAUACUAUUUCCAGAGCAGCUUAAUUAGCAAGGCUGCUUUAUUCAUUCAUUCAUUCUUCAAUAAAAGACGUGCAGCACUAAA